UCCGGUUCCGGAUUUAAGGACCCCACCCUGUUAACCGUCAGGUGCCUUAUGACUUGAGUCAGCCUCGCAAUUCCUGCUCCCAUGGUUUCAAAUAUUAGCCCUGGUCCUUUCACACCCACUGCUCAGCCCCCAGAUUCUGGAACUCAGCUCUUAAACCUUUAAAAUCUCCAUCCCUGAGACCGUUCUCCGUUGGAGGAUCCUUCCCCUCCCCGCUGAACCUCACCACCCCUCCUGUAGACCCCAAAAUGACUUCUCCAUGCUCUCCUCCCCUAAAACCACCAAUCCCUCCUCCAAAAACCGCUGUACCCCAAGCCAGCAGCAUUCCAUCUCUUCCUCUACCCCCAAGUCCCCUGGACUUUUUAGCUUUACCAUCCCCUCCCUGGAGUCAGCAGACCCCUGUUCCCCCACCGCCCCCACUGCCUUCUCCACCCGCUGCCACAGGGCCUGCUCCCCCUCAUGUCUUCGGCCUGGAGAAGAGCCAGCUCCUGAAGGAGGCCUUUGAGAAGGCUGGCCCGGUCCCCAAGGGCAGAGAAGAUGUGAAGAGGCUUCUGAAACUACACAAGGACCGGUUCCGAGGUGACCUGCGGUGGAUCCUCUUCUGUGCAGACCUGCCGUCCCUUAUCCAAGAAGGCCCUCAAUGCGGGCUGGUGGCCUUGUGGAUGGCAGGUACUCUCCUGUCGCCCCCCAGUGGCAUCCCCUUGGAGAGACUCAUGCAGGUGGCCACGGAAAGAGGCUACACAGCCCAGGGAGAGAUGUUCUCAGUGGCCGAUAUGGGCAGGCUGGCCCAGGAGGUGCUGGGCUGCCAGGCCAAGCUGCUCUCUGGUGGCCUGGGUGGUCCUAACAGAGACCUCAUCCUGCAGCACCUGGUCACUGGACAUCCCCUGCUCAUCCCCUACGACGAGGACUUCAACCAUGAGCCGUGUCAGAGGAAGGGCCACAAGGCCCACUGGGCGGUGAGUGCAGGGGUCCUGCUGGGUGUUCGGGCUGUGCCCAGUCUUGGCUACACUGAGGACCCUGAGCUGCCGGGCCUGUUCCACCCAGUGCUGGGCACGCCCUGCCAACCACCACCCCUGCCGGAGGAGGGUUCCCUGGGAGCUGUCUACCUGCUGUCCAAGCAGGGCAAGAGUUGGCACUAUCAGCUGUGGGACUACGACCAGGUCCGGGAGAGCAACCUGCAGCUGACGGACUUCUCACCCUCACGGGCCACUGACGGCCGGGUGUACGUGGUGCCUGUGGGUGGGGUGCGGGCUGGCCUCUGUGGCCAGGCCCUGCUCCUCACACCGCAGGACUGCAGCCAUUAGCUGGGGCUGCGGUCUCAGGCUGCAGCCUAGCUUGGUCACCAUUUGAAGUGUGCCUCCACCUCUCCCACUGUGUGAUGGCCACAAGAUUUAAGCUAGGUCUCAGGGGCCUCCAGCCCUCCUUCAUCAGGGCCGCCCCCUGCAGUAUUGAGCACCAACUGGUCCCUCUAGGGAGAGAUUGACAACAGCCCAGACCUUGCGGCCUGCCUGUCCCAUCUGAAUGUCGCAUCGUCUGUUUGUCACUAGGGGCCGCCUCUGUCACCUCACUAGACAUCUAAGGAACCUCCUGCCUGGGCCUUCUGCUGCUCACAGGACAGGGACACUGAACUGCGCCAGCCUCAGCUCACCCCUCCUUAGCCCAAGGUCUUCCUCACGCUUGCCACCUACUAGUCAUACUGGCCUUUCAGAUCCCUGAAGUGUUGUUCAGAUCCCUGGAGCAUUGAGUCCCAUCCCCAGCCCUCUGCUGCGGAUCACUCCUUAACUUCUCCAUUGGGGCUCAGGUAUCACUACCUCAGGGAAGAGUCCUGCAGCCCCAGUCAAGACACCCCUCCCCCACCUCAUGUCUUCACAGUUUUAAAGCCCAUCUGGGAGCAGUUACCUGUGCCAGCCCCUCUACCUGUGUUAGCAGAUCUGGCAACCCUGUAAGGGGGGUGCUAGAUGGACCCGAUUUGACAGAUGGCAAGACUGAGGCCUGGAGAAGUGGAAUCGCUGGCCUGAGGUCACAUGACUAGCACGUGGCAGGGUCAGGAUUCAAGCUAGGUAGUCAGCGUCUCAGCCAGGCUGUCUCCUGGCUCCCUGAACAUUAGGGUGCUGACCACAAACUUUCUUAUCCACCCAUACAAACAUCUAGUGAGUGUGUGUGAUUACUAGCUUCAUGAAUACCUGACCCCUCCACUCUGAAGUAGGAGGAACAGGCCUGUCUGGAUCACUUCUCUGUCCCUAACUGAGCCCGUCUCAUUUAGGGAAACUACAGAGCACUGUUGCUGGAGUGUACUGGCGUGAUCUCAGCUCACUCCAGCCUCCACUUCCCAGGUUCAAGUGAUUCUCCUGCCUCAGCCCCCCAAGUAGGUGGGAUUACAGGCAUGCACCACCAUGCCUGGCUAAUUUUUUGUAUUUUUAGUAGAGAUGGGGCUUUGCCAUGUUGGCCAGGCUGGUCUUGAACUCCUGACCUCAAGUAAUCCACCUGCCUCGGCCUCCCAAAGUGCUGGGAUUACAGGUGUGAGCCACUGUGCCCGGCCACAGUGCAGUAUUUCUAACCAGUGAUCAGGGUAAAGAGGAUGCGUGUCCACCAUCCCAGCCCUGAUCAGCCUGUGUGUGCAUCCCCCAUCCCAGCCAGGGCUUGGAGCAGCCUUGGUCACCACCGUGUCCCCUGCAUUGUAACACAUCCAGGCACAAGAAUAGCCGCCCAGUGACUGCCAAGUGAGUGAACCAGCCUGCUCGGAGCCUGCCUCUUUCCCAAACUGCUCAUUAUCCUGUUACCCCACCCAGCCCACGUGUCCAAAUACACUCCAGAUGCAAAAUAAAAAGCUCUACGACAUUGGC